ACUUUUUUUACUUCGGAAUCUGUAGACGCCAUUUUAUUUCAUAGUAUUCUAUUUCAGAAAGAAAUUACCUAAAUUCUUGUUCAAAAUGAAUCGAGGCAAUGCUGAGUGUCGUGUUUAUGUAGGGAAUCUUCCAAAUGACGUUAAAGCAAAAGAAUUGGAUGAUUUAUUUUAUAAAUAUGGCACAAUUAAGGACAUAAGUUUAAAGAAAGAUACACGUGGUGGUCAACCAUUUGCUUUUAUUGAGUUUGAAGAUCCAAGAGAUGCCCAAGAUGCAAUCAGGGGUCGUGAUGGCUAUGAUCUUGAUGGUAAUCAGUUGAGGGUUGAAUUACCACGUUCAGCUGGGGGUGGUGGUGGCUUCAGAGGAGGUCGUGGUCAAAGUCGCUUUGGUGGAGGAGGUGGACGCGGCCGUGGUGGAAGACCUUUUAUCCCCCGUGGUAAUGGUUUUCGUGUUUUAGUGAAGAAUCUUCCUCCAACUGGAAGCUGGCAAGAUUUGAAAGAUCAUAUGAGGGAAGCUGGGGAUGUCAUGUUUACUGAUGUUUUCAGUGAUUGUACUGGAGUUGUUGAGUUUGCACGACAUGAAGAUAUGAAGAGAGCUGUCAGGAUAUUAAAUGAUACCAAAUUUCGUUCCCACCAGAAUGAAACAUCAUAUGUGACUGUUGAGGAAGAUGAAACAGCAAGACCUGGUAGAUAUAGCAGAUCAAGAAGUCCAAGACGUUCACGAAGUCGAUCAUUUUCACCAAGAAGAUAUUCAAGAUCGCCAAGGCGAUCUUAUUCAAGAAGCCGCUCACGGUCUAGAUCUUAAAUCAUUGAUGCAAAAAGUUUUCAGCACUUGUUAUGUGAUAUAUGGUUUUCAGGGAACCUCUGGUUGCAGAUGUUUGUAUUGUAUGGCAGAAUAUCAAAAUACUGUAAACAUAUGAGUGAUUUUCGAGGCAGACAUUCUUAAGUUGUCAGUCUAAUGCUAUCAUUGGUCUUAACAGAACAUCUAUGGCUAAAUCUUAUGGUAAAAGAAAUGGUUCAACCAACAUCAAAUUCAAUAAACAUAUUUGAAUAUUUUAUAUAUUUGUAGAUGAUUUAAUCCUCCUGUGUAUGGACAUGGAGUGGAGGAAUCGUAGGACAGAUAGGAUUUUGGAAGGAUAGGAUUACUUUUUAGCUUGG